CGGCAAAACGAGCUUACUAACUGCUAAACGCUGUAACCGUCGCUGUGGGAUACUGGUUGGCCAAUUAUUACUCAGAAUGGCGUCUGGCUGGCUCACAUGGUGAAACCACUACGCUAUCUAGCUAACAGUAACGUUAUACUGUAGCAAUGUGCCAACACGGUUUUUAUUCGUUCGCUAUAGAGGUCCUCCAAGCAUAUUUUUGAGAAGCUACGGAGAGGUACUGCUUGGUAUCCAACCUUCGUCUUGCCGAUCGUGGGUUCCCCACCUUACAUCUUACUUGCAAAGGGAAAGCCAUAAGAAACCAUGAAAGUGCAGAAAUCUCUCCCCAAACCCAAGCAGACGUCCAAGAGGCAACAAUGUAAUGACAAGUGGUUCAAGUCCAACAGAAUUGCCAAAAACUCAGACUCUUCAAACCUCAGCCCAAGCACAGCCAUGGCCAAGCUAGAGCACCGUGCAUCUAACCUUAGAAAGGACAAGCCUAACCUGAAGAGACUGAAGAAGGGCGCCAAGGCUGUGUCCUUCAGACCGGUCAAGACUCCGGCUGCCACGGAGAGGACCCUCUCUCGUCCCCUGACCAACGGGGGAGCAGGUGGACCAGAGCAGGGCAGUGACUCAGAUGAGUCCCAGGACUGGAGCUCCUUUGCCAAGUCUGUUUUACAUCAAAAUGGUGGUGGAGAGAGUAUGGAGGGCCAGGAGAGUUGUGUCUCAGCCAAAGCUGCGCCUGGCAGGAUAGAGGAGGAGGCUUUUGUUCACUGUGCAGAGCGAGACUACAUCCAUAAUCGCACAGUGCUGGUCAUGCAACAGGGUCAGACCCUGUGUUUUAGGGGGAAGUGCCUUCUGUCAUGUCUGUAUGGUCGGGUGGAGGUGCAUGGUUUCACCCUUGAGGAGGGUCAGCAGUCCUACCCACUUUUUUCCCCUUCCUCACAUUGCCCCCUCACCGUCACAGCACUGGGGGAUUCCCCUAACCCCAGCAAGACCAAGAAAGCGGGCCGUCUAGAGGCCAAAGCCAUUGUCCGCAAGUAUCUCUCUACAGAGACACGUAGAAGGUUGUUGAGUGAAGUAGAUUCAGACUCCUGUGUGAUCCUGCUGGAGCCCCUGGACACCCCUCUGACGCGGUUCCUCACCAGUUUCCCAGACCUCAAAGAGCUGUUUGGACUCAGUUCGAGGGACAUCCGAGAGAGUUCAGCUAUGCUGGACACUCCGCUCUCUGGCCUUGGCAUAACCCCACUGCGGAAAACAGCCAGAGGCAUGGUUAUGUCACAGACCUACAGGGAGGCUCUCAACAGCCUGGUUAAUGCCUGUGCAGAGGAGCUAGAUGGCUGUCCAGUUAUUCUUGUAUGUGGUGCUAAGAAUGUUGGAAAGUCCACCUUCAACCGCCACCUCAUCAAUACCUUACUUAACCACACUGCAAGUGUAGAAUACCUGGAGUGUGACCUGGGCCAGACAGAGUUCACUCCCUCAGGUUGUCUCUCCCUGUCUACUGUCAGAGAGCCACUGCUGGGUCCCCCCUUUACACACCAGUGGGCCCCAGAGCACAUGAUCUUCUAUGGCCAGUCGUCCUGUGAAACGGACCUGGACCGCUAUCUGGAGUCCCUCAAGUCCCUGUGGCGCUUGUACAACCGAGAGACGCCCAUCGUCAUCAACACCAUGGGCUGGGUCAAAGGUUUUGGCUUUCAGUUGUUGGUGGACAUCAUUCGCCUCUUCUCCAUUUCUCACGUGGUGCAGCUCAGUAGUGGGGAUAAAGUCAUGUGCCCCCAACUCACCCCUGAGUUCCUGAGGUCAUCCCACGGCUGGCAGACACACCCUCCUGUCCAGUCAGCUUUGGGGGAGGACAACUCUGGAACUCAUCCUGCCCAGCAGAGUUACACUCUAUUCCGUAUUCACUCAGAGUUUGAAGGAGCAGGCCGCCCGGGAGAAAUGAGACACCAGCGCAGCAACGAGCAGCGGGACCUGGCUCUGCUGGGCUACUUCAGCCAGCUGCAGUCCCCUGAACCAGGCCCUGUCAGACCCCUACACUGCUUCACCCCCUACCAGGUUCCCCAUUCAGCAGUGGCUGUGGGUGUGACACACUGCGAGGUGGCACCAACUCAUGUGCUCUACACUGCCAAUGCCAGUCUGGUGGGGCUGUGCUGUCUGAAUGAGAAGGUAUCAGGCAGGGGAAGCCCAGUACUGCUCUCCCAAACCCCUGUCUGUCCCUGUGUGGGCUUUGGUGUCCUUCGAGGUGUGGACAUGGCACGGGGCCUGUACUUCCUUGUUACACCUAUAGCUCCCUCCAUCCUCCGUCAGGUCAACUGUCUUCUGCUGGGGGCUGUCACACUGCCCAACACCCUCCUCACAGGCCAGACAGGAAUUCUGGGAGAUCCUCCCUACGUCACAAUGGACUACAGCUUUGAACUAACCGGGGCCGGCAAGCUUCACGUCUUCAAGGGGCUUGUAAGACCUGGCCAGAUGAGAAACGCAAAGUGAUUGUUUUUGUUUUUAUGGUUUCACAGCAAGAAAUCAUUUUUUUUGUGUUUUUUUUUUCUCUCCCCUGCCUUGUUUAUUGACUUUAAACACCAAGGCCAGAGUUAAGGUCGUUGAAUGUACAGAAGUGAAGGUUCAGGAGAGGGUGUACCGUAGAGUUGGUGUGAGUGACUCGAGGGCGUACUCUCACUCCAGAUCAGUGCUGAAGACGGCCCAGGCUGUGGAGGUCAACUCCCUCUUGUUGGCGUCAAUUGGGUUUACCUUGGUCUACAAUCAUGAGAGAAUUUCUAUCACAUGGACAAUAUCUAGACAUGCAGUUAAACCUUUGUUUGCAUCUGAAAUGGCACCGUAUUCCCUGGCGCACUGGUCAAAAGUAGUGCACUAUGUAAGGAAGAGGGUGCCAUUUGGGACACAUACUGGGUUUGAUGUCUAUUCCUCAUGGGUCACAUUCCAAAGCCAAGAUUGUACACAUUAUCAAAUGUAAACAAAUUGAUAUACUUUUUGUUGUUGAAAAUGUGAGCUUUUCUUGUCACUGUCAGGACUUUCUAAAUCUGUUGACCUUUGGUCUUUUUAAGUGGCCCAUCAUGACAUGUCCCUAGCAGAUGUGAUAUCAUGGUUAAAUGUUCAAAGUUCCAUGUCAUAAUAUACAGUACCAGUCAAAAGUUUGGACACACCUACUCAUUCAAGGGUUUAUCUUUGUUUACUAUUUUCUACAUUGUAAAAUAAUAGUGAAGACAAUCUAUGAAAUGACACACACAACCAAAAAAAAGUGUUAAAACAAAUCAAAAUAUAAGUAGCCACCCUUUGCCUUGAUGACACCUUUGUGCACUCUUGGCAUUCUCUCAACCAGCUUUGCCUGAAAUGCUUUUCCAACAGUUUUGAAGGAGUUCCUACAUAUGCUGAAAUGGCUGCUUUUCCUUCCCUCUGCGGUCCAACUCAUCCCAAACCAUCUCAAUUGGGUUGAAGUCGGGUGAUUGUGGAGGCCAGGUCAUCUGAUGCAGCAUUCCAUCACUCUCCUUGGUCAAAUAGCCCUUACACAGCCUGGAGGUGUGUUGGGUCAUUGUCCUGUUGAAAUACAAAUGAUAGUCCCACUAAGAGCAAACCAGAUGAGAUGGCGUAUCACUGCAGAAUGCUGCGGUAGCCAUGCUGGUUAAGUGUGCCUUGAAUUCAAAAUAAAUCACUGACGUUGUCACCAGCAAAGCACCAUCACACCACCACCUCCAUGCGUUACGGUGGGAACCACACAUGCAGAAAUCAUUGUCUUGCUCACCUGCUCUGCGUCUCACAAAGACACGGCAGCUGGAACCAAAAAUCCAAAAUUUGGACUUAUCAGACCAAAAGGCAGAUUUCCACCGGUCUAAUGUCUAUUGUUUGUGUUUCUUGGCCCAAGCAAGUCUCUUCCUAUUAUUGGUGUUCUUUGGUAGUGGUUUCUUUCCAGCAAUUUGACCAUGAAUAGUGGAUGUUGAGAUGUUUGUUAUUUGAACUCCGUAAAGCAUUUAUUUGGCUGCAAUCUGAGGUGCAGUUAGCUGCUGAUUUCUGAGGCUGGUAACCCUAAUGAACUUAUCCUCUGCGGCAGAGGUAACUCUGGGUCUUCCUUUCCUGUGAUGGUCCUCAUGAGAGCCAGUUUCAUCAUAGCUCAAUGGUUUUUGUGACGGUACUUAAAGGAACUUUCAAACUUCUUGAAGUUUUGGGAAUUGACUGACCUCCAUGUCUAAUUAAUGAUGGACUGCUCUUUGCUUUGAGCUGUUCUUGUAAUAAAAUGAACUUGGUAUUUUACCAUAUAGGGCUAUCUUCUGUAUACCAUCCCUAACUUGUCACAACACAACUGAUUGUCUCACAUGCAUUAACUUUUAACAAGGCACACCUGUUAAUUGAAAUGCAUUCCAGGUGACUACCUCAUGAAGCUGGUUGAGAGAAUGCCAAGAUUGUGACAAAGUUGUCAUCGAGGCAAAGGGUGGCUACUUUGAAGAAUCUCACGUAGAACACUUUUUCGGGUACUACAUGAUUCCAUGUGUGUUAUUUCAUAGUUUUGAUAUCUUCACUAUUUUUCCACACUGUGGAAUAUACAUUGUCUUGAAAAGAGGUUGUACAUUUGGGCCAUGUUACAGCUGAAGAUUCACUCUACAAGUGAUAUUCAUAAAAAGCCUGGAUGGAGAAGGACAUGAAAGUGCUUGCAGGGGUCUUCUCUGUCAAUGAAACGCAUUAAAACAAAAGAAAACAUAAUGUCACUUGCUCAACAAUCCAUCUAUAGAGCUAUUGGAUAACACCUGUCAAAAAUAUUCCAGAGCAACAAAAAAAAGGAGGAACCUGUACACACAUUGUACCUGAAUAGUAGUUCACUACGAAUUGUUAGUUUUCCGUCCAUGUUUUUUUUUUUUUUUACCAUAGUAAUGGAUGUAAAUGCUUCAAGUAACAUCUCUGUUGCAUUUCUGAGAGUACUGGAUUACUGAACAUUGAUUGACCUAUUUAUUCAUCUGACCUUGGGACAAAAUAUUAGCUAUAGCAUUGAUGGUGCGAUAUGAGAACUACAGGCAAAAACUGUUACCGGUCCUCUAUUCUUUUUUUCCCCCAAUUUGUUUCUCUCUUUCUCUUUUAUCCCUCCUGUUCCAUCAGGAGUUUUGUUUGACAGAAGUUGGUAAUAGUAGGCCUAAGUAAAACUUCCUUUAAGUUCUUUGUUA